GCCGUCACCGACAAUUACUCCGUAUAGGAUGUGAGUCACUCUAGCCAACAGGGCUCUGAUGAUACGACUCCACGUAGUGCUUAGAAAUCUAUCUUGCUUAGCAAUCUACCGAGUCUUAUCCCCGAUCUAUGCUAUACAGAAGAAUUUACCUUAGUGGUCAACGUGGGGUGGGGUCUUAUCUGUUUGACAGUGUUGAUCAGGUGAAUCCUUUUCAUCUCGCUUAUAUUGACUGUCUUAUUUGUGUUCCUAGGAUAAUCUGCUUUUCCCAGCCCAUAGAGUAUCUUCUGGCUCUGUUAUUCACAUACUAAAUUGCUACAUUUGAUUGACAAGAUCAUGGGUCUAAAUCGAAGACCCCCAGGAUAUGUUAUCGCUAGUAUGCUAUGUUCCUGUGGCGGACUCUUGUUCGGGAUGGAUACCGGCAUAAUUGGCCCUGUGACUGUCAUGGACAGCUUUGUUGCACAAUUUGGUAAUCAAUCUGCAACAGUUCAUGGCUUGCUAGUGUCCUCAAUUUUGAUCCCAGCGGCUAUCUCAUCGUUCUUUGCCGGCUUUCUUGCAGACAAAUUGGGUAGAUCAAAGGGUAUCAGCAUUGGGGCUCUAGUAUUUGCUCUAGGAGCUUCACUAGAGGCUGCGGCAAUCCAUAUCUCCAUGUUUGUUGUGGGUAGAUGCAUUGAAGGGGUAGGCGAGGGCCUAUACUUGGGCACGUUAGUUGUCUAUAUAUGCGAGAUAUCACCGACAAGCGUUAGAGGAGUUUUAACUACUGGGCCUCAGUUGCUGAUCACACUGGGCUUAGUAGUUGGCUUUUUUACCUGCUAUGGCACUGCUCGCAUCGCUUCUUCAUUCUCGUGGCGAACACCGUUUCUUAUCUUGGCGGGCCUGGCGGUCACGUUUUCUGUCGUUUCAUGGAUUUGGCUGCCCCCAUCACCAAGAUGGCUGAGAAUACACGGGCGUGAAACUGAGGCAACAGAAGUGUGGGAUCUACUGGGGGUUAGUCCAGCAGAACGAGAGAAGAUAGAGGUGGAAGAGGGUCGAGAGGCCAGUAUGCAACCAAUAGCGGUCCAAGGGCCACCCAACGUGGGCCAGAUCACAUCGAGUUCCCGAUCUCAGGAUAAGUCCCUUAAAGACAAGCUUUUUGACAUUUUCUCCAAAGAUGUUCGUACACGGACAGCGCUUGCUGCGUUUCUAAUGGGAAUGCAGCAACUGAGCGGAAUUGAUGGAGUCCUCUAUUACGCCCCGUUGCUUUUCCAACAGGCUGGACUUGCAUCCUCGGACGCUAGCUUCUUUGCUUCGGGUGUCUCUGCCAUUGUUAUCUUCGGUGUAACAAUUCCAGCUCUCAUAUGGGCAGACAAAUGGGGUCGUCGGCACAGCACUAUCUAUGGUGGCGUUGGACUAAGCAUCACAAUGUUUUUGAUGGGUGCUUUGUAUGCAGGGAACGUCGUACAUAGCUCAACGGGCGCAGGUAGAUGGAUUGUCAUUGUAUCCAUUUACAUUUUUGCUGUCAUCUAUUCCCUUAGCUGGGGAGUUGGGAUUAAAAUCUACGCUGCGGAAAUCCAACCACAACGGACGCGCGCCUCAGCGACGAGCCUAGCCCACGGAAGCAAUUGGGCAUCCAACUUCCUCGUGGCCCUUACAACCCCUAUCCUGCUCUCUCGGAGUAGCUUUGGGGCAUACUUUCUAUUUGGAGGGUGCACCCUGAUCACAGCUUUGAUCUGUGCAGUCUUUAUGCCAGAAACUAAAGGCAGGUCCCUGGAUGAGAUUGAGGAAGCCUUCAAAUCCAAGUCCUUGGGGUCGCGGUCGUUUGUCAGAAUUAUCCGCCCAAUAAUUGGGCAGGGUCAGUGAGCUGGGAUCUGGGCAUAGUGCCAUA